UUUUAUAAAUGUUUACACACACAUUUAAACGUACUCGGAGACCCAAAUGUAUUAUUUACAAUGGCACGAUGACAAUUGAAAUAGACCUAUACAGAUUGGCAAAAAUAGCGUGAUAGAAGGACGAUAAUUAUUUGCUUUUUAUACAGCCAUACACGCGUGAAAAGACGUACUUCCCGCCAUAUUGUUCCCUAUCCGAACGUAAUGCGAAGAAUCCGGAAAGUCUUCGACUAUAAAAUGUUAUCAAUAUUUUCAAUUAUGCAACUUAGAAUUGCUAAGUACUGUACUUCAUUCCAGCCUAAUCUUUUCAUAAGUCCAUAAACGUGUUACCUUUAUGAUUAUUAUUAUUAUAUGGGGUGGCAUAUAAUAAUUAAAUUGUUAAUAUUGAUUGCGACUGUCGUCUAAAAGAUGUAAUGAAUUAGUAGAAGUGGAUUUAUUAUUUUUGUUUUACAUAUUUAGUCAUUGGAGGUGUUUAAGAAUAGGAAAUACAACUUACUUUUACAGAAAAAUGAAUUUGCGAAGAACGUCGUCGACAUUUCUGAUAUGCAUAAUAUUCGUAUUGAUAGAUAACGCAGAAUCUUUUGGAUUUAUAAGACUUUGCAUAACUUCCGACGACAACACACAAUUCCCAACUCAAUGUGUACUUUGCUCACGUUUCAAACUGCAAUCCAUAUAUCAAGCCUGUACUGGAACUACGGCUCCGCAGAAUAUUCCGUAUACUCAGGCUUAUUGUAUUGUUAACAAUUGUCUUCGGCAAGUCCCUUUGGUUGGAAAACGUAAACGUGAAGCCGGUGCCACAAAGUUAUCUGGUGUGCGUGCAGUUUCCUAAAUGGAAAAUAUUAAUGCGAUUACUUGAUCCGCAGCAUACCGAUGCAAAUUAGUUCUAUUACAUAGUUCCAUUGUUAUGCCAAAAUAGUUAAAUCUACUAAUCGAGUUCGUGUUUCCUAUUAAAAUUUGUAUUAAAUAAUAUAUGUUAUUAAUACUA